UUUAAUUAUUAUUACUUUGGUUUUUUUUUCUCUCAAGAUCAAGGUUUUUUUUCUGUCUUUGAUAGAUUGUUCCAUCGAUAUGAUUCAUUCAUUCAUUGGGAUUGUUUCGUUCAAUCAAUCAACUACAAUCCACAUUAUGGAACAUCGACAACAUUUUCAUCAUCAUCAAAUGUCAUCAUCACCAACAACAAUAACAAUGACAUCAACAAUUGCAGCAGCAAAAUUAGAUGCUCAACGUUCAAUAUCAUCAAUGUCAACACAUUCAAAUGAUUCAUAUUUAUUACAACGUGCUAAUGGUGUUAAUGGUAUUUAUGAUCGUGGACGGUCACCAUCACCAACAGAAUUUUUUCGUACAAAACUGGAAAAUUAUAAUCAUAUUUGGAUACGUGAACAUGAAUUGAAUGAAUUCAUUCAUAAUGGUAUACAAAAAUUUCUUGAUAAACAAGCUGUUCGUGAUUUAAUUCAUGCAUAUGAUUUGGAUGAUAUUUUCAUUAAUGGGGAGGAACAUUUUUUCGAAAAUAUUUACAAUGAAUUUGAUAUUAAUAAUGGUAAUAAUGGCAAUUAUCAGGUAUUGGAUGAUUCUCGAAUAAAUGCUCGUGGAAAAUUUUCCAAAUUGAUCGAUGUUUAUAAUAGUCAAAUGAUGAAAGCAGCAAAUGUUUAUCCGAAAAAAUUUGUUGAUAAACAACAAAAACUACAACAACAACAACUGCAGCAGCAAAAACAACGACAACAACAACAAUUGGUUGCUGUACAUUGGAGAAAGAAUAGAAAAAUUAUUGGAUUUUUUACAACAAUUUUAAUACAUAUGUUUGGUAUAAAAACUAGACAUUUAGCACAUCAACGUCGUGAAAGUGAUCAAUUGAAUGCAAUGUUAGAAAAACAAUCAAAAGAAAAUCAACAGAAUAAUUGAAU